AUGACAGGGGAGCGCGCGCCCCCCCAGCAGGUUUUCUGGGGGCGUGGGCGCGAGGGCGCGGGCGAGGGACCCCUGCAGGGCUGGGCGUCCGUGUCUUCUAGGGUGCGCGGGUCGCGUUGGAGGCCAUGGGCGACAAGUAUGCUACUCUGCGGCGGGCGAAGCUGCAUCUGGAUUUCAUCCACGCCAACUCCACCACGCACAGUUUCCUUUUUGGAGCCCUGGCUGAAUUGCUGGACAAUGCAAGUGGAUAAUGAAAAACUGCAGGGUGGAUUCAUGUUGUGCUUCCUGGAUGAUGGAUGUGGUAUGAGUCCUGAGGAAGCCUCAGAUAUCAUUUACUUUGGAGCAUCUAAGAAACGGUUAUCAACCUUGAAGUUUAUUGGACAAUAUGGCAAUGGUCUUAAAAGUGGAUCCAUGAGGAUUGGAAAAGACUUGAUUCUUUUUACAAAGAAGGAAGAAACAAUGACCUGUGUGUUUUUCUCUCAGACAUUCUGUGAAGGAGAAGGUCUGAGUGAGGUUGUGGUUCCAAUGCCUUCGUGGUUAACAAGAACCAGAGAAUCUGUCACAGAUGAUCCUCAGAAAUUCUCAACAGAAUUAUCUAUAAUUUAUAAGUACUCUCCAUUUAAAACCAAAGCUGAAUUAAUGCAGCAGUUUGAUAUAAUUUAUGGGAAAUGUGGUACUUUGCUGGUUAUUUAUAACUUGAAGCUUCUGCUUAACGGAGAACCAGAGUUGGAUGUUAAAACUGACAAGGAAGAUAUACUGAUAGCUGGAGCUACUGAGGAUUUCCCAGAGAGAUGGUCAUUCCGAGCCUAUACCUCUGUUCUGUAUUUUGACCCUUGGAUGAGAAUAUUUAUUCAGGCCAGAAAAGUUAAAACAAAACACCUAUGUCAUUGCCUCUACAGACCCAGAAAGUAUCUAUAUGUCACAUCUUCUUUCAAAGGAGCAUUUAAAAAUGAAGUUAAAAAGGCAGAAGAAGCAGUGAAGAUUGCUGAACUCAGGUUGAAAGAUGUGCAAAUCAAGGUAAACCAGCCUGACAGAACUUCCUUGUCUUCUCCCGCCAAGGACAUAUUACAGAAUGCUUUGGAAGAUGUGGAAGCAAAGCAUAAGAUUCUUAAAGAGAAACGGAGAGAAUUAAAAACAGCAAGGACACUCUCCCUGUUCUUUGGAGUGAACAUAGAAAACCGAAGCCAAGCUGGGAUGUUCAUUUACAGUAAUAACCGCUUGAUCAAGAUGCACGAGAAAGUGGGCCCACAGUUGAAACUGAAGUCCUUACUUGGUGCAGGAGUGGUUGGAAUUGUUAACAUACCCUUGGAGAUCAUGGAACCAUCUCAUAAUAAGCAGGAAUUUCUCAAUGUCCAAGAAUAUAAUCAUCUACUAAAAGUCAUGGGACAGUUCUUGGUCCAGUACUGUAAGGACACCGGGAUCAGUAAUAGAAAUCUAACAUUGUUUUGGAAUGAAUUUGGAUACCAGAAUAACAAGGACACUGAGAGGUCUUUAGAUUCUAUGCAGUAUCAAAGACGACAAGCUAUGGCCAUCCCAUUCAUCAUUCAGUGUGAUCUUUGCCUUAAAUGGAGAGUCUUGCCUCCCUCUGUUAAUUAUCAGGAAAAAGAACUUCUGGACAUCUGGAUUUGUGCUAAUAAUUCUAACCUCUCGGAAAACAGUUGUCAUCAGGCGGAACACUUACCGUCUAUCCCCCUGGGCACCAUGAGCACAGUAUCACCAUCAAAAAAUGAGAAAGAGAAGCGACUUCAGGAGUCAGUCCGAAGGUAUCAGAAUCAGCUGGCAGAGUGGCAGCCGCAGUCUCAGUUUAUACCAACAAGCAGGAUCGCCGAGUUCACUACCAUCUGCCGAACUUCAGCAUCUAGGGAAAAUACAAAAGCUCAGAGAAUCAGGCCUUCAGGCAGUGGCCUGAAGCAUGAGUCUUGUGCAUCCUGUGAACUUCGGGCCAGCCACAGAGGCUGGAAGAGAAACCUGGAAGGGACAGACUCGGACGUCGAGUACGUUUCAGAGACUACAGUGAUGAGGUCCGCAAGGAAGAAAGUGGGACCACAGCAGAGACAUCCAGCAGCCCUGCCAGGAGGUGUCACACCAGCUGCCAGAUCCCAGGCCUCUUCUUGGGAAAUGAAAAGGAAGCAGAGUCAGAACCUUGUGCAGCAAUGUCAGCCUUUGAUUGAAGUUGAAACCAGCAGCCGCGAUCCAGAUAUAAUCCCGAUUUUAGAUCAAAGUGACAACAGUGUUUUAUUGAAACAAGAAAAAAAGGAAGAUUCUCUUAUGAAAAAAGAGAAACAAGAGCUGUGCAGUGAUGCUGCAGAAAUAAAGGGAAACUCAUUACCUAAGUGGAAAAGCGCACCAGUGGAAGAGCUAGAUCCGAGUGCUGGAUGUGAAGCCAGCAUCGCUGUGAGUGGUGACUGUACGGUGGCUUCUGCGAUGACAGAGUCUUCUCCAGGCACAUCUGUCAAGGACACAGUCAGAAAACUGAUGUCUAAUUUAUGGGAGAUUAUUCUGUAUUUUUUUCCUGAGUACCAGCUACCAUCAGAAUUUGGCUACUCAUCUGUGGAGGAAUUUGUGGCAAGGUCGGAGCUGGAGCAGUGCCCAGAGCAGACAAACAGAAAGCUGAAAAUAUGUUUCCAACAGAUCCAGAAUGUCUACAUGGCUCAAUAUGAGAAAAAACUAAAGGGAAAAACACAGUCUAUUAUCUACGAUGCUAAUAGAAGAGGAGUGAUUAAUGAAAUAGCUUUGAUGCAAUGUGAACAAAAAAGAAAAGUUGCUGAAGAUAAACUGAAUAAUCUCCGUGUAAAACUCGCAGCAUUUUUGCAGAAACUUCAUCUGGGAGGUCCAGGAGGAGACCUGGAGCAAAUGGACAGUUAUGUAGAAGCUUUGCUGAAAGAAGAUCAUCUCCUCUUGGGGAGCAUUUUGAAGAAAGGGGCUGCAGGCACAGGACCUAGUUUCCCUUUGGAGAGCAGUCCAAGUACUUCUCAACACUAA